GGAAAGGUUUUGGGACUGGCUGCAGCUCUACAGCUUCCCCCUGCUCUCCCUCCCUUGAGUUUUUGUCCACAUCUUCAUGCCCAGCUGGCAGCUCACCUCAGUGGGGUGUCCCAAGGUCUGGCAGCUCAGCCCCAUGUCCAGAGGAGGCGAGAUGGUUUACAUCCCGGACGACUCCGACUUCAGCUCCUUCAGGGAUCAGUGUGAGAGCCUGGAGGGCUGGCACUGUCGCUAUAACAAGAAUGGCGUGACCGUGUGGAGUCAGGGCCAGGAAGAAAGCUGCACCGUGCAGAAGAUCAAGACUCGCAUCUCCUGCAAGGAUGUCCCUGCCGAGACGCUCUACGAUGUCCUGCAUGACACCCGCUACCGUGAGAAAUGGGACUCAAACAUGAUUGAGACCUACGACAUCGGGCGCCUGACCGUGAAUGCUGAUGUGGGAUACUACUCCUGGAAAUGCCCGAGCCCUCUGAAGAACCGGGAUUUUGUCACCCUGCGCUCCUGGCUGCCCCUAGGCAAUGACUACAUCAUCCUCAACUACAGCGUCAAGCACCCGAAAUACCCACCCCGGAAGGAUUUUGUGAGGGCCGUGUCACUGCAGACAGGCUACCUGAUCAAGGCGAACGGUGCCGGAGCCUGCGUCCUCUAUUAUCUCACCCAGGUGGACCCUCGCGGGUCGCUGCCAAAGUGGGUGGUGAACCGUGUCUCCCAGUUUGUGGCACCAAAGGCGAUGAAGAAGAUCUACAAGGCUGGACUGAAGUAUCCAGAGUGGAAACGCAAGCACGACCCUGAGUACAAGCCCUGGGUGUACCCAGAGCAGAACACAUUGCCCAGCGUCAGCCUGGCCGAGCUCUCAGUGCAGCACGCCGAAUCACUGGAGAACAUAGAUGAGACGGGGCUGUCUGAGGACCACCUGAGCACCAGUGACCAUGAGGCCUGAGCCCUCUUCAGGGAGGACCCCUCAUGACCAGGGCUUGGUAGCCAGGGGCCACGGGUGGGAAUUUGACCCCCUGUGCCCAAAUAGUUACACCUGCUCUUCAACUCCUUCAUCACAGACCCCCCUACCCGGGCACGGUCCCAUGGGAACCUACAGCACGGGUGAUGGAAAGAGGGAGGAUGGGCACCCCGGUCCCCCUUGAGCCCACAGAAUCACGGAAUAGUUUGGGUUGGAAAAGACCUUUAAGAUCACCAAGUCCAACUGAUCAUUGAGUCCAACCAUAAAUAUCCAUGGUGGCCCAUGGAGGUGUCCUCCUUUUGCAGGAGGCAAAGCUAGCAGUGAGAAAAGGGGUGCCCUAAGGGUAGACUGGGCAAGGCAAGAGUGGGGAACCCUUCAUGGGGUGGGUAGGAGCUUUCCUGGCACCAGGAUAUCCCUUUGCCACUGCAGGAGCUUCUAGAGUUGUCCCUCAAAGUUCAAGAAGUGGGGGGUCUGUGGGUUUCUGCCCAAGGCUUCGCAGCAGCAUGGGGCUUGGGCUGACCCUCUCUGCUCUGAGGUCUGGCUCGAUCAGGCUGGACCCACUCCAGCCCACCAAACUCCCCCAGGCUUUGCGUGACCCCCACCUCCCCAUCUCAAGAAGUCCUCCCAGGUCCUCUCCUGGGCACCAAGCUCGGCUCUGCAGGCUGAUUCUGGUCCAGCUGGUUCGGGGAGCCCCUUCCCCACUUUGUGCUUGGGGGCCACUUGUCCGGGCAGUGGGGUCCUGGGCAGCCUCUGUCCCCGCUCUCUCAGUGUUUGCCGCUGCUGUGGUUUCUGGCACAACAAUAAAGGGGUUGGUGC